AUGUCGGAAGGUUUGCAGAAACGUUUGGAAACUGAAAUUGAAAAAUUUCAAUCCUGUCAGAAAGAUUUGCAGAAAUACAUCACAAGCCGGCAAAAAUUGGAGGCACAGUUGAGUGAAAACACUUUGGUGAAAACCGAACUGGAUCUCAUAAAAGAUGAUGGUACUGUCUUUAAAAUGAUUGGACCAGUUUUAGUGAAACAAGAACUUGAAGAAGCCAAACAAAAUGUCCAGAAGCGAAUAGAUUACAUCAAUGGUGAAAUAAAGCGACAUGAAGGACUGAUCAAAGAUGUAGAAAAGAAACAAGAAGCACAUAAAGAAUCUUUAUCUAAACUCCAACAUCAAUAUCAGCAAGCUCAGGUCAAGGCAGCAACCAAGGCAUAAUUUCUGGUUUUAAGCAUCCAUAUUGUACCUCUUCUUCAUUUUCAUGUGAUGAACACGUAAUCUGAAUUGUGGUCUCCAACUCUGGUCUCCAACUCUGUAAACAAGCAUUUGUUUCUAUUUCUAAGUGGAAGGAGAUUGUCACUAAAUAUUUAUUGCGAUUUCUACACAACUUUGAAAUAGGCACAAGUACCUGUUGGCCAAGAUAUGACACAACAUGAAACAAAGGAACUAAUAUAAUAUAAGUGACCUACUAGAUGGAGUGCUAGUUUUUGCUAUUGAUAGCUUACAAGAUAAAAUAAUUUAAUAGCUUUCAUUUUCAGUAAGCUGUGAUUGGCAAAAUAAUUGUUCUUUGGUAUCAUGUAUGUUGGGUUUGAGAUGAUUGGUAUUAUGUGUGUUAUUCAGAUAUCAAUCUUUUCUUUUAUGUAUAAAGAAGUCAUUAUUACUUAAGCCAGAGUGUGUGGUAUAAAUUGUAGACUAGCCUUCUUUAAAUAUAGAUUCAUCUAUUAGGUUGCAAGACUGUCAACAAGUCAGUCAGAAAUUGUGCCAAUUCAAUGUUGUAUAUUGUGUACAAGUCCUAUAUUUGACACUGAACUUUAUAUUGAAUUCUUCCACUUAUGCAUACUUUCUAAUCAUUCUAUAUGAAAUUAUAUUAUGAAUGAUUGGAAAAACUCAUUUGUAAAUUUUAGGUGUACUUUUGAUGCCUGUCAAAUUACCAUUCUUGCAUUGAGUCAUAGACAUCCAACAACUUUUAGGGGGACUCUUUGUAUGCUUUAUCAAAUCAUUACAACGUAUGUAUUUAAAUAUUUUAAUGCAAAAUUUAGAGCGUUUCGAUGCUUGUCAAAAUUUAUCCAGAUUUUGACUGUCAAUCUAUUGUGUGCCAUGAUAUAAUAUUUUUCAUUCUUAUCAUGUUACUUGCUUCUAAUAUUUUUCAUUUUGUUAAAGAUUGUUUGCUUUUCUAAAGAAAACAUGAAUUUCCAA